CCCGCCGCCACCCGGGACCCCCGCCGCCCCGGCCCCGCCGCCACCCGGGACCCCCGCCGCCCCGGCCCCGCCGCCACCCCGGGACCCCGCCGCCCCGGCCCCGCCGCCGCUCAAGAUGCCCGGCGGCUGCGCCCUCCUCCUCGCCUGGCUGCUCCUCGCCGCGGCCCUUUCGGCCACCCCGGGGCUCGGGUCGCCGGUGAAGGAAAAGAGAGGCUGGACCCUGAACAGUGCUGGCUACCUUCUUGGUCCACAUGCCAUUGACAACCACAGAUCAUUUCAGGAGAAGCCUGGCCUCACGGGCAAGCGGGAACUCCCACCUGAAGACGAAGCAAGGCCAGGGGGCUUUGCCAGGCCGCUGUCCGAGAAGGCUGCCCUGCGCAUGAUAAUCGAGUUUCUGACUUUUUUGCAUCUCAAAGGGCCGAUCCUGGGAGUGCCCCCGGAGGAUGCACCCCGACGCUCUGGCCUGUGUGCUGGGCUGUCACCGUCCCUGGUGCAGGCGUUAGGGCUCCGCUAAGUGCGCUCCUUUGUUGCAGAGGCCGG